AUGGCCAACUUUUUCAUGUUUAUACCUCUUAUUGCCUUUCAGCUACUUUAUAGUGACGGGCGUGAGGAAAAUAUCAUGAUAAAAGACCCUCAAUUUGACCUAUAUGAAAAUACUUUAAGAUCCAUGAUCCAAGGAGGUGGCGAAGUUAAUGAAAAUGAGAUGAAAUUAGGCGAUAUUGGCGAUGAGAUUAUUUCCAAAAUAAUUAAACAUGGUGUCUCAGCGCUUCGCGGUCGGCUACGCCGACUUCCUUCGAGCACAUAUUUAAUUAUAUCCGGCAAGGUUUUAACAUGCCAGAGAUAGACGGCAACUGUAGAUAAGCAAUUCUGGUGGUGUUCGGAGCCUAGCCCAAGUCUAAUCUCAGGGAUGGCUUUUUCUUCAUGGGAAAGGAGGGCAUGUUAGUUGAAAAGGGGAAACUCAGCAGUGUCCUUAAGACCAUUCGGACAACUCCGUGAAACUGGGCGUUACGUCCCGGGCUGCAUGUUUUCCCUUUUUGCCGAGAGUCGUUUUUGAGCAGAAAACCAAUGUUCAAGUGCAAUUAGCUCAUCAUGAGCCGUCGAAGUCGGUGACAUCAUCUGGAGGUGCGUGGUGCGCUGGGCGGUACCGGGAGGUUGUGCUUUCAGAUCCCUACAUAUCAAGAGGUGGGGGUGAGCCUACCCCGUAGGAGACUUUAAACGUGAUAUUAAUUAAGUAAGUAAGAGAUUACUUCCAAAGCCACCCAGAAUCUGAUUGAAGAUGCUACAAAUAAUGACAACAUGGAAAAUUCUGCAAAAAUAGAAAGUAAAGGUGAUGAUAGACAUACCCAGAAAAAUAGCAUCAUUUAUAGCAAGGAUGGACAAAAUAAAAAUAAUAGGAGAAAUUCAGAGGAAAAAGACUUUGAAAUAGCUCAAAAUUUUAAUCAAGUAGCUUCUUAUAAAAAUAAUAUCAACGAAUCAGAAAGACGCUUGGAUCCAUCAGCAUGUGACCCUGGAAAGUACCAGAUAGAUACAGGAGAUUGUGCUGAUUGUCAACAUCCCUGCUCUACAUGCUCCACGGUAGCUACAGAUUGUGAUGAAUGCGACGAUUCUACUCAUAUGACUUAUGAUGCAGGCACAAAAGCAUGCACAUGCACUGAUACCAAUGCUUCUUUUGAUACCGCAUCUCUUAAAUGUGUCUGUAAUGCAGGAUUUUUCUUAAAUGACCAAGAAGUUUGUACUGCAUGCACAGCUCCAUGCUCUUCAUGUAAUUCAGCUACUUUUUGUACUACAUGUCAAGAUGAAACCCAUAUGACGUAUGAUUCAGCAGCAGGAACAUGUACAUGUACUGAUGUCAAGGCUUCUUUUGAUAUACCUUAAAAAGGCAUAUAGCCUGCUCUAUGGCAUUAUACAGCAAAAAGCUCAAUCUCUUGGCUUGCCAGCUCUAUAAAAUUACACAGUUAGGCUAUAAGCUUUCCUUAGAUAUACUACGACUCUUAAAUGUGUUUGCAAUACAGGAUUUUACUUAAAUGACCAAGACACUUGUACUGCAUGCACAGCGCCAUGUUCUUCAUGCAAUUCAGCUGCCUUUUGUACUGCCUGUGAAGAUGCAAGCCAUAUGACUUUUGACUCAGCUGCAGGAACAUGCAUAUGUGCAGAUAGCCAUGCUUCUUUUGAUGCAGCGUCUCUUAAAUGUACCUGCAGCACAGGUUUUUACUUAAAUGACCAAGACACUUGUGCAGCAUGCACCGCGCCAUGCUCUUCGUGCUCGAAUUCAGCUACUUUUUGUACUGCCUGUGAAGAUUCAACUCAUAUGACUUUUGACUCACUCCCCCCCCCCCUUAAAUUGAAACAAAAUAUAGGUAAAAUUCCUACUUUUUUGGGAAAUUACCCCCCCUUUAAAUUGAAACAAAAUUUUAUUAUAAUAAAAAAUUUUAUAGGUAAAAAUCAUUACUUUAUAUGUAAAUACGUUAAUACCCUAUUUAAUAUGCUUCAAACAUAUAAGAUUUAGAAAUUAAACUCUAUUUUGUCCAAUUGUUCAAUUUAUUGUAUAAUUUAUUUUCUAUAAAAUUUUAUCUCUGAAAAAAAUUUUUAUAUAUAAAUUUUUUUUAUAAAAAAAUUUUCUUAACCCCUUUAAAUUGAAACAAAAUUUUUUGUUUCAAUUUAAAGGGGGGGGGGAGUCAGCUGCAGGGACAUGCAUAUGCACAGAUAGUCAUGCUUCUUUUGAUGAAGCGUCUCUUAAAUGUACCUGCAGCACAGGAUUUUACUUACUCCCCCCCCCCCCUCCGUGAGCGAACAAAACCAUUAGAAAAAUCGCCAUUUUUUGACCAAAAACCCACCCUCCGUGAGUGAACAAAAAUUUUUUUAAUAGAAAAAAUUUUAAUGGAAAAAAAUUUGAUAUAUAAGUGAUAAUUAGUAUAAUGAAAUCUAGAGCUAAUUCUGUUUAAUUUUAAACAAAUUGCGUUUUAAAACAUAAAUUUUGCAAAUUAAAUUAAUAUUUGCUUCCCAAUUUUUGCAAAUUAGGAUUUUUUUUAAAUUUUCGAAAAAAAUAUUUUUUAUAAAAUUUAUAUAUAAAAAUUUUUUUUAAAAAAAAAAUUAACCCCCCUCCGUGAGCGAACAAAAUUUUUUUGUUCGCUCACGGAGGGGGGGGGGGGAGUUAAAUGAUCAAGACACCUGCACUGCAUGCACAGCGCCAUGCUCUUCAUGCAAUUCAGCUGCCUUUUGUACUGCCUGUGAAGAUUCAACUCAUAUGACUUUUGACUCAGCUGCAGGAGCAUGCACGUGCUCUGAUUCCAAUGCUUCUUUUGAUGAAGCGUCUCUUAAAUGUACCUGCAGCACAGGAUUUUACUUAAAUGACCAAGGCGCUUGCACUGCAUGUACAAGUCCGUGCUCUUCAUGCAAUUCAGCUACUUUUUGUACUGCUUGUGAAGAUUCAACUCAUAUGACCUUUGACUCAGCUGCAGGAACGUGCACAUGCUCUGAUUCCAAUGCUUCUUUUGAUACUGCUACCCUUCUAUGCACGUGUAAUACAGGAUUUUAUUCAAAUGACCAAAAUACUUGCACUGCAUGCAUCGCACCAUGCUCUUCAUGCUUAAAUUCAGCUACUUCUUGUACUGCUUGCGAGGAUUCAACCCAUAUGACUUUUGACUCAAAUGCAGGUACCUGCACAUGUACUGAUACCAAUACUUCUUUUGAUACUACAGCUCUUCUAUGUGCCUGCAAUACUGGAUUUUACUUAAAUGACCAAGACACUUGUGCAGCAUGCAUAAGCCCAUGCUCUUCAUGCAAUUCAGCUACAGCUUGUAAGGGGUGUAUCGAUGGCUACUAUUUAGAUUCCACAACUUGUAAAGCUUGCACUAACCAAUGCGAUAAUUGCUCUUCAGCACAGAUAUGCUCUAGUUGCGUUAUAAAUGCUGAUUUGGACUCUAGCACGAAAAAAUGCAUAUGUAAAAGUGGAUAUGCACCAGAUAAUGGGGCGUGCUCCCUAUGUCCGGCUUCUUGUGUAACCUGCGACUCUUUAAAGGUUGCGAUUAAUUAGGUAAUUAUAGUGAUACCUUCUUCCGCAGGACGGCGAGCCCCCCUUUUAAAAACCCAGCUGUUUGAUGGUGACAGUCAUCUUGCUCCAGAUAAGCCUUCCAGAAGAUGACCGAAAAGGUCCAGAAAGCCUUUCCUGAUGGCAUUGACCUCGUUGAGGGUCACCCUCCUCGGGUGUGCCAAGCAGUGAAAUCAUAUGCCUCCUUUUCUUUGGCCCAAAUGGUUUACAUUAUGCAAUAAUCCAUAUUUGUUAAUGAAGGUUCACCUGGAAAAAUAAACCCUAUAACAAUAAAAUUGAUAAGGGCGGGCUAAUUCCAAACCAAGCCAUUUUAUUAUUUUGCGACUCUUUAACAAAUUGUUUAACUUGCAAAAAUAAUGCUGCAAAAGGGUCAAAUGGAAUAUGCUCUUGCAAUAGUGGCUUUUCUUUAAAUACAAAUAACGAUUGUGUAGCAACCUGCAAUGAUCUUUGCACUUCUUGUUCUAUUUCUAAUGGGCAAAACUGCACUGCAUGCAUCACAAAUGCAGAGCUAACUGGUUCUACUUGUGCCUGCACAGCGAAUUCUUCAUAUGAUUCAGCAUCAAAAAGCUGUGUCUGCAAUUCUGGGUACUCUUUAUCCUAUAACAAAUGUAUAUCCUGUAAAAAGUAUUUGGCUCCUGCUGAUGUUUUAUCAGCAGCAUACAGCCCAUCAUACGCAUUUGUUACAAUAUCAUUCAAAGUCCCAAUAGAUACCACAAUAGAUUCUUCCUGCAACAAGGUUUUGACUUAUGACACUCUUCAAUUGAUGGGAAGCAACCCACUAUGCUCUUGGUCAGAUUCUAAGACUCUUAAAAUUAUUUUGGGAAGUGGAUUUAGCCUUAGAAGCUCCACAAUAAAUCUAGAUGGCACAUGAAUUGUUAAAAAUUCACAAGAUGACUGUACCAAUAAUUAUCAGCCGCUAAGCAUAAGUAUUUCUAUGCCCACAACUCCAAGCCCAGUUGCCAAGCUAUCAGGACCAGAUUCAGUCUCCCUUAGCUGCAAUAAUGACCCACUUGUUUACUCAGCUGGCAAGUCAACUGGGAGUUAUGGUUCUAUUUUGAGAUAUAAAUGAAGCUCAACAAUUUCAAGCUUAAAAACAUUUUUAGACGCACAGUCAGGAUCUUCUAUUUCAAUUGAUAAAUCCAGUAUAAGUUCCUCAUUGACAGUGACUGUUCAAGUUACAAAUGUCUUUGGCCUAACAGAUUCUGCAUCUCAGACAACUACUAUUUCUCCUCAAGAGGUGCUGACUGUUUCUUUUGACUCAGGAGAUACCAUUUCAAUGAAAGCCUCAAACUCUAGAAACGUGAAAGCUUGGGUUACAGCUGUCUGUGGAGGAUCCACAAGUACAAUUUCUUGAAAAUGGUCUUAUACAUCGGGGCCAGUCAGUGCUGCAGCGUCUAAUCUUGCUUCUAGCUCCAAUACACAAAAGUUAUCAAUUUCAAGUAACUUGUUGUCUCCAGGCGGUCCAUAUGUAUUUACUGCAACUGCUACUCAAAAUAAUGCUGGAGCUCUAGUUAUGGGGAGUGCUAGUAUUUCUAUUACAGUGGCUUCGUCACCUCUUUUCAUUCAAUUAUCCACGGGCAGCGGGGAUAUUAAUGGAAAUAAGGACUUUACUGUUAACGCAAAUGGGUCUAAAGACCCGGAUGAUCCUGAUUCAAAGGUUCCUCUUGGGUAUAAGUGGACUUGCAGCAAUCAUAUAGAUGGGACGGACUGCUCAGUGGCUUCAUUCCUUUCUGGACAAAAGGAUAAGAGCUUGACUAUUUCUAAAGAAAAACUGACGAAAGGAGUGAAGUGGGAUUUAACUUGUACGGUCUCUAAGGAUACUAGAACAGCAAGCUAUACAAUAACGCUCAAUAUUUUAAAUAUUCAGGCAAACAUCUUAACUUAAUUAAGAUUAUAGAAGCUUCCGUAGGCCCGAAGGCCACAUUCAUCUCCAGUAUAGAUCUACAGACUGCUUGCCAAUCCGAGCACAGCCCUCUCGCUGUAUUGUUCAUUACGGACGAGUGUUUGUUCUCUCUAACAGUAAUCCAGAUUCACUGGGCCACUAUCCUGUGCGUCAGCAGGGUUCAGCAUCCAGAAAAUUUAAAAAAUCGGAUUUUCUAGUUAGGACCAAACGCCGGUAUCUAGCUGGGAAACUUACCGAUUGAUCAUGAGUGGCCUUACUGGUGUUGCUGGGAUAUCCCUGCCUAACCUUGAGCACCAUCUCUACAAAUUCGGCCGAAUACAUUACCGAACUCCAUCCUCCUUCCACAAGUCACUGAGCUACCCCUAGAUGCAGGUGCUAAGAGGGUGGGCUGGUUCACCAUACCAUUAUAAUAUAUUUUUCAGGCAAAUAUCUCAGUCGAAAUUCCGACGAUCUUCUUAAAGGUAAACGGCCAAGCAAAAAAUCAAUACUCAGCUCUUGUCUCAGCGGACUCUGGGGCUUCUACUAUUUGGUCUCAGUCUUCUGGAUCUAAUGUGAAAAUUGAGCCAAAUAACCUUUCAGCUCUUUCGCUUUCUGCUGGUUCUCUAGCUGAAGGUAUGGCAUAUGUAUUUACUUUAACUGUUACAUCUGCAAGUGUGAGCUGUAAGACAAGUGUAUCUAUCAGCUCUAACUUAACCCUCCGAAAAAUUAUUUUUAUUUCAAAUAUUAUUUAAUGUAUUGGUAAAUUGCAUUUUCCUUAUCUAUGGUAAAUUAAUUUUAUUGUGUCAGGAAAUUGUGACAUGAAAAUGAGUCUAAUGACAUAACAUUUUUUUUGAUAAAAUAAAAAUCAUUUUCACUUAUAAAAGCAAAAAGAAAUUUAUGCAAGAUCUUAUAUAAAUUAAAAUUUAUAGAUAAUUUUAUGAAUGGAAAGCUAGGCGCAGCAUGUUUAGACUCGCAGCCUUCUGUUUCCCCUGAUUUUGGAACUGCUUUAACCACCAGCUUUGCCAUAUCAAUAUCUAAUUGCUAUGACCGUGACGGCGAAGAUUAUCCACUUUUGUACACCUUUAAAUACUCAAAUAAUGGCAGUGAAAAAUUCAAUAUUGGGCCAACCACAGAGAAAACUCAAGUAUCAUAUACCUAAUUAUGCUAAUUAAAACAAUUAAAACAUUUGGCUAUUCCCUACUUUUUAAGCCAAAAGAUUUUUAAUAAGGCAUAUAUCUUGCCUCAAGGCAACAACUACAUUUCAGUGCAUGUAUGUGAUCAGCUCCAUACCUGUGCAGAUUAUACAUAUAGUAAAGCUAUUGCAGUCACUGCAUAUACAAGCAGACUUUUGGACUCUGAAAGAUUAAGAACGGCUUAUUCAUCAAUGAUUCUGGAUCCAGACAACAUCCCCUCUACUAUUAUUUCAUUUUGCAAUAGUGCUACAAUUGAUAGUUCAUUGUCUACCACUAUGUGGAGUGAUUUAAAAUCUUAUGUCACCAGCAUAAGUAUACAUAAAUUUAUUGAUUUUGGUAGCAAUUUUCUAAUAAUAUAUUAUUUUAUAUAAAAAAGAUAACUAACUUUGUGGUUUUAGAAGCUAAAUUAUAUAUAUUAGCUUACUAUGACAACCACCCUUUUGCAAAACGUGCUAGGUGCAGCUUAUUCAUUGACGAAGCAGCCUUCAUUGAUGACUUUUGACAUCUAUAAAGAGCUUAUUGAUUGGCUAAAUAACAUUUUGAAGACCUUCCCAUCCUUGAUACCAAGCCAAAGUAAUAUUAAUAUUAUUUUGUUAAUUGGUGAAAACUAUUUGACCUAUGGCAACAGUACUAGUUUCUCAAGCCAAAGCUUUGAAAAAUAUGUCCUUUAUAUCAAUAAUUUCUAUACAUCUUGGGCAAUUGCUGCAACAGCAGAAGACUUAGUUACUCAAUCCUCAAUGAGCGGCGACCAAAACACUGCAAAAACCAUGAUUUAUAAUGAUAGAAAUUUCCCUAACAGCAUGCUAAAUACUACACGUCAAUAUUCUAAGUACGGAAACCUUACCUAUCCAGAGUCUUUAGACUACUCUCCAACAGAUAUUAUGAAUAUGAGGGCUUGUUUUUACCAUGGAUUUACCAAUGACUUGUCAGGUGUUGCUAUUUUUAGCUUCGGGCAGUCAGGAACUUAUGAAAAUUAUGUGCUCAGCCAGUCGCCUGAAUCUUAUGUCCCAUUCUCAACUCCAGACAGCCCAUUUAUUAUCGAGCUGCCUUUUAGCCAAAAUAUUUCAGAAGGAGCGAAAUGGGGUUGUGUUUACUAUAAUGAGACAAGCUUUAAAUGGACUGAAUCAGACUGCGAAAUAGUCAGUGUUAAUUAUGAUGCUAAAACAGUUAAAUUUAAAGUGUAUCACUUCUCAAUGUACAAGCUAGCCGAAAUAAAUCCUAUUAUUCCACCUCCAAAUGACCUGGAUACGAGUUCAAGCUGUGGUGAUAAUUAUGCUCCUAUUUAUAUACUUGCUGUAAUUUUGUUUAUUGGCAUGAUUUUAGCUCCAGUAAUGGUUGCAAUUGACAGAAAUAAGCCUCCUUCAUUACUUGUGGAUACUUCUAAGGAAGUGUUAAAUAAUUCUCCAUCUCAUACACCAAGAUUAUCUCCGAGACACAGUGAAAAGGAAAAAUCGUUCCAAGAAGAAGAGUCUGCUGAGAGCAUAGAACCGACGAGGCUAGAUGGCGAAACUGCUAAGCCAAGACAAGUUGACUUGAGCAGAACUGUAAUUUCUGAGCAAGUUGAUGGAAUGACUGAAAUAGAAGUGCCUAAAAAAGAAGCCAACCGCAAUCUGCAAAUUUUAAUUGAAGGACACUUGCUACCUCUUUAAUAAAUGUGCGUUCUGCAGAUAUUUUUCAAAGAAAUUGUUGGGAAGUUUUGUUUUAAUUUUUCGUUAUAGCCUUUCUUUUGGCUUAGGCGAUAAAUAUAAAAAUUUUUUUUGAAAAAAUAUAAACUUUAUUCUUUGCUCCACCCCCCUUCCGUGAGUGAACAAAACCAUUAGAAAAAUCCAUCCCAAUGAGCGAGCAUAAAUUUUUUAAUAUAAAAUUUUUUACGAAAAAAUGUUUUGAUACAUAAAUGAUAAUUAUAGUGAAAUCUCCUCCUAAUUUGCAUUUUUAAAACGUAAAUUUGACAAUAAAUUAAUGAUUGCUUUGAAAUUGGGAUAUUUUUAAAUUUUGAACAAAAUAAAAAAAAAAAUUUUGAACGAACAAAAUUUUUUGUUUUUGAAGAGGGAGUUAAUAAUUUUUGUUAAAAAUUUCUCAAGAGAGCUAGCCCUUGGAGUUUUGUACCAUUGUCCAUCAUUUUCAAGACUAGCAAGACUAUUCACGUUUGUAGUGGUUGUCAUCUUUGAGCUGUUGCUAGAAGGUUUAUUGUAUUUCGGCUUUGAAGACACUGACUCAGGAAGCGAAAAGUCAACUCAGACAUUGUUUGACGACUAUGAAGGAAAAUAUUUUGGCUGCAUGAUCUUGGCUUUGAGCAUUGCAGUCCCAGUUGAAAUCUUCAUGGUAGUUGCCUUUAGCAUUGACAGAGCUAAAAUUUCAAAGUGGUCAGCAUCCGCAAUUGCUCUAGGUAUUGCUAUACUCAUUUGUGGGUAAUAAAAUGGCGAUAUUAAUUUUUUUCAAAAGAGCUCUAAAUAUUUCAUAAAACUAAAAAAAAUAAAUAAAUAGAAAAAAUAAGCUCAUAUUUUUCAUAUGCCUUAACUAAAAUUUAUGAAAAUUAAAUAGCUUUGCAUUUAUUUAUAAUCAUUUAGCUAGGCAUGGGGAGGCGGAGGGGCAUAAAUAGCUUAAAUUCGCUACUCAUUGGAUCAAUUAUAGGCAUUAUCAUCCUGAGUAUUGAUUUCUGUCAUAAGUGGAGUGGGUACUGGGCAGUUAGCUUCCUUUGGGGAAUUUUAAUUGAAGUAUUUAUUUUUGAAACCAUUUUCAUGAUUGUUAGAUACUUUCUCAUAAAGUCUUAUUCAAGAGUUAUUACAGUGAAGCCUAAAGUUUAA